AUGGUCCCUAAUUUUACCUGCUUACUUUCACACAGGAUCAAUGAUAAACAGAAGCCCAAAUCCAAAAAAAGGAAAUGGCUUGUGGCUAUGAUGAUUGUCUUCUUCAUGUCCACUGCCAUAUUUACUGCACUCUUUGUCUACUACUACAAAAUGCCAAACAACGCUUCAGGAGUCGAAAUUUGCAACACACCGAACUGUGUCAUAACAGCAUCCAUUAUGACCAAAAUGAUGAACUUCACCUCUGAUCCAUGCGACGAUUUCUCAGAGUUUGCGUGUGGCAGGUACUACAAGGAGGUUAAGCUGAAGGAAGGUGUCAUUCUACUUGGAACCCUUGAGAACGUGAAUACUGCCAGUACAGAAACACUCAAAGUAAGACAAAAAUAUGGCCUUCUGAACGUCCUCACCCCCUGGUCCUAUCCGAUUUUGAGCUACAACAAAAAUUAUGCCAUUGAACAAGUUGGCGUGGGUCCUAUCCUGAACAAUACGGACAUCAUCAACAACUGGCCCACGCUAAACCCUGCCUGGAAUGAGAGCGACUUCGACUUCCAGUUGACUCUUGCUCGCUACAGUCUCUUGCUUGUCAAUCCGCUCUUCAAGUUUGGAUUAUAUUCUACUUAUGGAGACUUUUCCAAAAAUAAACUGCAGGCAAGCCGAAGGUUUUUGUGUAAUAUAAACGUUCCACCGCUAGACUUGGACUAUCGCAUUUUCCAACAAGCGGGUCCUCAACCCAAAGCCCUGCAGACAUACUUGACAGAAUUGGUUGUAGCUCUAGGCGCAGAAGCAAACGUUUCCUCUCAAGACGCCAAGGAUGUCGUCGACUUCCAAAGAAAACAGGCUAAAGUAUAUUUAGCCAGUGCAGUGUUAUCUAGUGGAGGAAAGUUCAACACUACUACGUUGUCAAAAGUUGGAGAGAUCUGCCCAAAUAUUGAUGUAGCCGGGAUGUUGCGAUCUGCUUUCGGUGUGGCUGGUGUAGCACUACCUGAUGAUUUGAAACUGAUCUUAUUUCCCGGAGAAUACCUGGUUAUGUUGAAUAAACUAAUCAACGAGACUUCUCCCAG